AUGGAUAGUAACAAAACAGAAAAAAAAGAAGAAAUCAAACUAGGAGAGACAAAUAAGACAGGUGAAUCACCUAUUGGUGAUAACAUUAAGGGUAUACAACAAUCAAUAUCUACUAUUGUAAAUUCUAAUGUUAACACAGAUGUUAAUACAAGCAGGCUCACACCAUCACAAAUAAGAAAAUUCCAAGAAAAUUCAAAAGCCCCUCUUCCAAAUAACUCUCCAAUAGAAGAGAGAUGGCCUCAUUUAGAUGUAAUUACAGAUAUUGGAACCACAAUUACUGAUUUGAAAAGUGGUUUACUUGAUUAUUACGGAACCCUUUUUAUUCCUUCUGAGCAAGACUUAUCAUCUAAAAUUGAUUCUUUAAGAACUCAAGACACAAUACAUGGGAAUUAUGAAUCAAAUAGAAGAUUCAUUAAUAAUAGAGAUAUCCAGGUUAGCAAAGAUAAUAAUGGAUUUGGUGUUUUCCAUAAAAUUAAGAAUGCUCCGCUUCUUGAUGAUAUCCCUGACCCUUGGUCGCCUGUUCCAAAUUCUAUAUUUUCAUAUAGAGAUGUAAAUGGUAACCCUAUUUCAGAAAAAUGUAAGAUGGAAGAUUCGGAGAUGAUGGACUUUCAUGGGCUUGCGGAGAUACCUGGUAAAGGUAUUAUAAGAGCAGCUAAUUGCAAAUCAAACAAAACAAGCAGAGGGCCAACUUCAAAAAGUGAUAAAUCAAAUAAAGCUGCUUUUGAUCAAAUUAAUAUAGAAGGGGACUUACCUGAGAAUCUUCUUGGGUUUGAUUUGAAGGAUUUAGCAGCAAGAGGUGCUUUAAGCACAAGAGCAAGAAUACCUUACAAUGACAUUGGAGAAAUGAUGGAAUGCAUUUCCAGAAACUGUAAAGAUGUUCAAAAUAAGCUUUCAUUUUUUGAAGACACUUUAUCAUCUUAUCAGAGUAACCCCAAUAUGGCUCAGUUCAUUCCUCCAGUAAAUGAAUCAAGACGCUUUUUAAAAAACUUCCAUUCUAAAGAUCCAAUUGCUACAUAUAUUUAUACAUUAUAUAGGGAUCUGUAUAAUAAGUCAGAAAUUAAUUCAAAACGCAUAGAAGUUAUUAAAGCAAAAUUGAAAGUUCUACAAUCACAUUCUAAACCUAAAAUGGUUCGAAUUGCUGUUCAUUCAUCACUUGGUAUAUAA